CGCGGGUCCGGAAGUCAGCCGACAUAGCCCCCAGCUCCGGAAGUCGGAGGCCGGCGGGUACUGAAGCCUACAGGGCCGGCCUUUCCCCGCGUCCGCGUCCGCGCCCGCAGAAAUUUGACUUGACUUCACAGGGAAUAUCCGAAAAGCUACCCAGAACGGGGUCCCUGGAGCCAGCAAUUCGAGCGUAUUGUAGCGUGCAGGGCAGAAUUCUCCACGUGUGGAAGAUCAAUCCCCUUUGCUGACUCGUUCAUUAAACCGGUGCUCUGGACUCUCCGGACCCUCCGCUCCCUCUGCUGGGUGCAGACUGUUCUUCUCGGCAGCUGUAGGAGACCGCAGAGCUGGCUUUUUCGUGGCUCGAGGGCUCCAGCUGUCCAUCUGCCCUUCCCCAGCCCCCCGGUCUCCUGUUGAAAGUGGUGGCAGCACGUUCCAGGGAUGUAUAUGCAGGUGGAGACACGCACCAGUUCCUGCCUCCAUCUGAAGAGGGCUCCAGGCAUCAGGUCCUGGUCCCUGCUGGUUGGAAUCUUGUCGAUUGGCCUGGCUGCUGCCUACUACAGUGGAGAUAGUCUGGGCUGGAAGCUCUUCUAUGUCACGGGCUGUCUAUUCGUGGCUGUGCAGAACCUGGAGGACUGGGAGGAAGCCGUCUUCAAUAAGAGCACCGGGAAGGUCGUGCUGAAGACGUUCAGCUUGUAUAGGAAGCUGCUGACUCUCUGCAGAGCAGGCCAUGAUCAAGUGGUGGUCCUGCUCAGUGACAUUCGGGACGUGAACGUGGAGGAGGAGAAGGUCCGGUACUUCGGGAAGGGCUAUGUGGUGGUGCUUCGGUUUGCCACGGGCUUCUCCCACCCCCUCACGCAGAGUGCUGUAAUGGGCCACCGCAGUGAUGUGGAAGCCAUCGCCAAGCUCAUCACUACUUUCCUGGAGCUGCACUGCCUUGAGAGUCCCGUGGAGCUGUCUCAGAGCAGUGACAGUGAGGUCGAUGGCCUCGGGGACCAGAGCUGACCUCCACGGGACCCCCGCCUUGGUUCUGGUGGGGCCCCAGCAGGACUGAUGGGCUGCCUACAAAUUCUCCUCCUCAGCUCCUGGCUGUGUCCCUGGAAGCCCCAGGGCAGGACCCUCAGCCAUUCCUGCUGCUUGCUUCUGUCCUCUGAGCAAAACCACAGUGGGACCUUCUCUGCAGGCUCCGAGGGGUCCAGAGAGGGCAUAGGCCUCAGAUCUGUCUCUUCCUGGAAUCAGACAGCCCGCUGGGGCAGUGGCCUGGUGUGGACAGGCCAGACGUGCUAGCUGUGUGGGGCUCAAGGCCUCUGAAGUGGGAAGCAAGAACACCCAGGGUCCCAGGGUGUGAGGGCCAGGGCUGAGCUCUCUGGGUUGGGAGGUUCACCAGGACCAGGUCCUGAGGGUUGCGGUGAGGUGCCAGCGGGCCAGUGCAGGGCCAGCAGCUGGGUUAGGCUCUGAGGAUGCUGCCGCCACAUGUCAUCCCCAGGAAUCCCAUCUCCUGCCCUGCUCCCCAUGCCCGUCCCUCCCCGCAGGCGGACAUCCUCAGUGGUCAGAAGUGAGGUGCUUGCCUGCGGAGCUGCCAGGGCUCAGGGUGGACGCCAAGGGGCACACCUGGGUGGUGUGCUGCAGCCACUCCUGAGGCUUCCACAGCCCCCAGACCGCUGUCCACUCAGGUGGCUCAUCCCGAGUCCAACCAGGAUUGCAGCUGGGCUCUCACAGAGAGGAUAACCUCCUGCCCCUGCCCCUAGUGUAGGCAGAAGUUCUCUCUUCUAGCCUCGUGCAGCAUUUAAAAACCUGAACCCAUCCCUCAGAGCCCAGAUUCCCAGCUUCUCUCGAACUCUGGCGCUGGGCUUGUGUGUUUGGGCCCAGAAUCGCUGGGCUUAUGGCUGCCCCUCAGCAGCGCCUGAGCAGCUAGCUGCAGCCACCCUCGUGGAGUCUGGGUGCCAGCCACACUGACCCUCAACUGCACUAUUGGUUUUCUCCUGCUUUCUCUGAACCUAGGCUCCUCCGAGGUACAGCAUGUGCCCAGAGCACCUCUGAGUGAGGGACCCAUGAGGCUGUGCACCUGGGAACGGCUGCAUGGAUCAGGGGUUCUGAGGCUGCCUGGGUGAGAGACAGCAACUUCCAGGGAACUCCAGAGAAAUGAGAUCCUCUCCCUUAUCAGUGGUGGCCGCCAGCCAGCCCUUAGUUUGGGCACAAGGUCAUUUAAACAUGCCAAAGUUAGGUUUCUAAAUGGUUAAACCUGAAAUACUUUUUUCUUAAAAGGUGUGAAACAGCUAUGGUUGGUUUCUUGUGUGUUUGCCCCUGGGCUGGAGGAGGGAGGGCGUUUGGCCAGCUCCCCUCUCCCAGGGCUGGGUUGGGCGAGGAGGGUCUCCAGACCAUCGUGAGGGCCAGUAACUAAGUCUUUCAGAUUUCUGGCUUCCACUCUCCUUUUUAUUUUGAAAGAAUUAAAGUUCUAAUGCUGGUCACUGCA